AAGUUAUUAUCAAAUUGUAUCAUGGUAUCGGAGCUAAGGCUCUCAAAAACCUAGCCUCUCUUUUUUCCGACCGCCGCCCACCAUGGCAGCCCUGUCGGAUCCUUUGGCGUCCUUACCCUCCGGAGUAAAACUUUUGCUUCGGAGUCUCCACAACUUAAUCCCAGAAAAACUCACCGAAACAAAUUAUCCGGCAUGGUCUCUCAAUGUCCAGACAGCUCUUUCAGCUAAUCUCCUCCUUGGAUGGAUUGAUGGUCAUGAAGCAGCCUCGGCGCCAACUAUCUCCAAAAACGAUAAAACCGUCCCUAAUCCAGAGUAUACCUCCUGGACCAUCGUUGACACACAGAUCCGCGCCUGCCUCCUAGCGGUCAUCAGCCCAUCCGUUCACAAACAUGCUCGCGGCUUCGCCACAUCUGCUGCCCUCUAGGAUGCUUUGGCCGCACGGUACAACUCCGUGUCCACCGCUCAUGUUUAUCAGCUUCGGGACAAACUCCACACUCUUCGUAAAGGUACCAAAACUAUGACACAAUACCUUGAUGAUGUGGCAACUAUUCUCUCGGAUCUCGAUGCCUUGAAAGAAGAGAUCCCUGAACGUGAUGUGGUGAAUGCUGUUAUUCGUGGU